CAUACCCCCUGCUUACUCCUCACAACUCAUGGAAGAUGCCAGCUGAGCCGUCACACAUCCAUCAAGCCAAACGACGUACUGUGAAUGUUACAAUGAUUUGACCAAUCAGAGAUUAUCACACUGCACAUCAAAUAUCAAGCAAAGUCCAAAAAGAAAUCGACAUAUUCCAGUGGGACUCGAAGGUGAGAUCGUACCGAAGGUUAUUUUUGCGUUUUAUUCUUAUCCAGAUUGUUGCUGUUUACUGACGUCGUUCUUUCAAAAUUCAUCGGUUUAUUUUUCAAUACAAGCAGGAGUGUUGGAGUUCCUUUAGGCAGCGAGUGACAUUUUUUCAGAUACAACUUUCUAUCGCUGAAAAUACGUUACAGAAAUAGAAAUAAGAUGUUUGUACACUCGUCCACGUGCAUGGAGUUAUUUUUGCUUAUUGUUUUCAUUUUGCUAUCCUUUCCGGAUAGACAGUCAGUCGAAGCGCGUCGCCAAAAAGAAGGCUAUAAAAAAUGUCAGCCAGUUACUAUCCCGAUGUGCGAGAACUUGGAGUACGAUAUGACGACAUUUCCAAAUUUUCUCAAACACCAGAAUCAGGAGGAAGCAGGCGCGGAAAUCGCUCAGUUUUUACCGCUUGUAAAUGUCGAAUGUUCAGAUGAUUUGCGUUUGUUUCUGUGUAUGAUGUAUGCUCCGCCCUGUAUUCAAAACUUUGUCAUUCCCCCAUGUUUGAAUCUUUGUGAGCAAGCCAGGUAUGGAUGUGAGGUCCUUAUGAAUAGAUUUGGUUUUAGCUGGCCAGAGCAGCUCGAUUGUGGUCAGUUCCAGGAUGCAGGUCCGGAUGUUCUAUGCAUAGACCGUAACAGGAGUACUGAGGCAGUUACAAAGUUACCAUCGCCUGUCUUAACUACUACAAUAGCCCCAGUGCCAAAAGAUGAUAUGACUAGUUGUUACGAAUCUAGUGUUGUUAAAAGCGAAGAGAUUCUUUCAGAGUUUUGCAAAGCGCAUUUCGUCAUGAAGAUACGCCUGGAGACCAUUACAAGUACAGUUCAGGAGACAACGUACUCGGCCAACGAAAGAAAACGCGAGAUAUAUAAACGAGACGGCCUGAAGAAGCGUGAUUUGAAGGCGAUGAUUUUCCAUAUGCUAGAUAUGGUAGCUCCUGAAUGUUGUAACAUUUUGAAACCAGGCGAAGAGUAUCUUAUUUUCGGAUACAAGGAUAACAAAAGGCUGGUUAUUAGUUCUGUACACGCGUGGUCACGAUCAAGAACAUUCAGGCACACGACUAGGAAAUUCGUGGACAUCGACUGUUGAUCAAAUCGAAUGAUAGGCUCUUCACUUCACCACCACUACUUUACCUUGUCUAUCUUCCAGAUUUGUGCGGCAGGGUGCUGCCGUCACAUCAGCACGAAUUCACUUCCUUUUACCCCAAUGUGCUGUGGACAAAAUGCCAAGGACAGGUUGAUGAAUUAUUAUUUUUUGUGCCCCAAAUUAAUUGUAUAGUAUUAGAUACUUCUUAAUGUUAUAUUCGCACAAAGGUGUUUGGUAAACCUGUGCAUAAAUAUAGAGCCCUUAUUGACACACGCUGUUUAAUUCAUAGCUUAUUCGACAUUUUUUCUUUAUCUGGUUUAAUUAAUGGAGUUUUACAUAUCGUAACAAAAUUAGAAUGUGAACAUUGGGAUAUAGAAUAGGCCUUUGGGUGUUGAUUAAAUUAAAACCUAUACAAAUUUUAUUGAAAUAUCUUCAAUGGGUAAAAUAUAUAAAUAGAAACUCAACUUAUUGAAAAGCAAUCGUAAGAUAAGUGAGGGCGCUAUGCAUUUUUAUUUAUUGUACAAACAUGGAGCAUCAAAAUUGUUUCAAAGUUUAACUAGAUUUGAUUGAUCUUUCGUUGACCUUCUUAUGUACACAUUAUAAGGUUUACAAAUCAUGGCUGGAAUAGUCAAGACGUUAUUUAAAUGUGAAUUUAAAAUUCUAGAUUAUUUUAUUCUAGAAUGUAAUAUUUAUAUAGUUGAUAAUAAAAUGAAAACAAAUUUGAGUAACGGGCAAAGGAGCACAUAUCAUGGCUGAUGCUAGGCCGUUGUAUUCAUUUAUUUUGGGUUGACAUUUUCAGACUUUUGCAAAACGGUAUCCUACUUUUUGUACUGAGAAAAUGAAAAGGCAAACUAUAUCUCGUCCUCAAAGGUGAAAUAACCACACCGACCAAGAGAGGUCUUACUCCCAAAUUACAUUUGGAGGGUUCCCGUUUGAAUGGUCUAGUUAUGUUAGAUAAGGUGUAUAUUGUAUAUUUAAUUUUUGAACAAAGUAGGGAUAAAAUAUUAAGAUAAGGCCUAUAUAUAUGAGAGUAUGUUGUUUGCAAAAAUAGUUUUCCAAAGUAUUGAAGUGCGCCCUUAAGUUGGUUUAUAAUUGCCAUAUUGUUUACGUCAUGAUAUAAUACUUUUUAAAAUAUUCUAUUUUAGAUUAUGAUUUUAAUUUGAAGAAAUUGAUUGUGAUAUCUAUGUUUAAUAGCUACCCAAUGAAUAUCAAUGGUGUCCCAAAAUAAUUUAAAAAUUCACUAUCAUCCGGCAACCAUUCCAAAUAUUUUACAUGAAUUAUUGUCCCAAAAGUUAUUUUCCAGAUUGUUUUGACCAAAUAGACGUAUUAAUUAUGAUUUAAUCUUACAAAGUUGAAUAUUUAAUAAGGUUUGCUUGUAUUUUGUAAUCAGCAAUUCGAUAUAAAUUAUAUGUUCCGUACAUGUCGUAAUUCGUUAUCACGUUCUUUAUUUUUUGUUUUUCACAUUUUAUUAUUACGCCUAUUAAUAUUAUUAUAAUUUAAUAUUAAGAAGCAUUUAUUAAGCGCCUUUAUAGUUAUUAAAGCGCUGUACUCUAUAUUAAAAACUAUUUUUUACGGUAAAUAUACAACAAUAAAUAUAAAGGUUCGUAUUAUUAUACUACACCAUUGAAUUAUUUCCUACAUCUUUUUCCGAUUGGCGAUAAAGUUGAAACAAUGAAAAGCAGUGUAUAAAAAAGAUGUGAAUCAAGCAAGCUCGAUUAUAAAAUUACUCUUUAGUUUUUUGAAACAAUGCACACAGGAGGCUAAAAACUAUUUUAGUGACAGGAGCCGCAAUACGUAGAAUAUCAUUAGAGGACCCGGCAAAGUUUGAGUACACUAUCAGCACAGACGUGUUCAUCAUCAUCAUCAUCAUCAUCGUCAUCGUCACCAUCAUCAUCAUCAUCAUUAUCAUCAUCAUCAUCAUCAUCUUCAUCACCAUUCUUAUUAUCAUUAUGGAUCAUAAUUUAUUGCCUAUUUAAGUUAGCAUGGCCUAGAUUAUCAGACAUAUUAAUAUUUUUGUAGAAUAAUUCAAUCAUGUAUUAAAAUGGACAUGAAAGGAAUACCGAUAACAUCAAAA